AAACGAAUAAACUUAUUUAAAAAUAUUAUUUGUCUUCUUGAAAAUGUUGAACUUACGAGAGAACGACCUUGUUUUCUGACUAUUGUUUUGUCUAUAGUACCUAUCGAUUGAGUACAUUUUGAGACUCAAAAAAAUGUCUUUAAAUAGUAAAAAAAAUCGAAGAUAAAUCAAAUUUACGUAACGAAAAUGCUAAACACUGUACAUUGUUUCGUGUUUUUCUCCCAUGCACUACGUUCAAUCCGGUUGAAGGGGGAUUUUUCUAGUUUUUGCGACCUCUAUGACUUCCUGAAGUCUAUGACAACUUUUGCUUUAUUUAUCGAGAUAUAUCUUCCUUUAAAGGUUCAUAAUUUUUCAUCGAGCAUUUUCCACGAAACUCUGAAAAGAGCGAGAGGUCGCAUUAAGUUGAUGUUGAACCGAGACGAAUGAAAAAAAUUUUCAUUGUGAUUAAAAACAACAAUUAUUUCGAUAACAGUGUCAGUACUUCUCUCCGACAGAUGGUUGUGGUCUCCACGCAGCCAUUAAGUAUAGAAAAAAUGCAGAAGAUUCCUUGAUUGAAUUGUGAUACCUUUUUGUGUAAUCUAUCAUCUAUAUAGUUGAGUCGGUCAAUUGUUGAUUCAUAGAUUACAAACUCAAUAAGCAAAUAGAAAAAGUUAUAACUUAUCAUGAACAAAGCAAUUUUACAAAACAAUUCAAAUUUCGAAUUGAUGUGUUAUUACUUAAAACGUUCUUUCUAUUUUCAUAUUUGUCUGUUGAGUUUGAGAGUAGCAGAAGUUUAUGAGUGUUAGAAUCUUUGAUACUCUGAUAACAAAUGAAAAAAUCCAGAUAAUAUUAAAAUUGAUGGAUUUUAUAGUGAUCAUAGAGAUAAGUGCGUAACAAUCGAAUAACCUAUACAGAAUGAUUUUUGAAGAACUAAACUUUUAGACAUCUAUAACUCUCAAAAACAGUAAUUAUUGCUGUUUCUAUUGAAUGGUACAGAUUUCUCAAGAAUGUUAGAUUCUUGAGAAAUCAGUUUAUUUUCGAUACAACUGCAUUUCUAACUUAACUUAAACUCGUCUAUUACGAGGGACGAACAGUAGAGAUUUUACUUCUGAAGUCUCAUGAAGUUAUGAAGCUAGCUGUUUCCCCUUGAUCUAUUAAUAAGAAUACUGGAUCGGUUUCUUCUGAUGUAGUUAUUUAACUUUAAUUUAUUGAUCUCUAAUCCUCAAUAUUAACAUCUUCAGAUAAUUUAUGUGUAAAAUUGUGCAUAUGCAAUGUUACAAUGAAAGACGCAUGUUUUAUCUAGUUUUCUUUAUUAUUCAUAAUAGAACAAAUAAAGAAACAACCAAGAGUAGGUAAAGUGUCGCGCAGUACUGAUAGUUUCUUUGUUCUACUGUCAACAGUAAAGAAAGUGAACAGGGUGUGGAUGUGAAUAUGAAUCUUCUUUCCACAAUUUCCUACUCUUACGCUCUACCAAAACAAAAAAAUUAGUUUCUAUCUUGUUCCUUUUGAAAAACUACGUCAUACAUCAUUAAAGUAUGUCAUUUAAUGAACAUAUAGUUAAUCAUUAAAAAUUAAUAGAGAAUUUUUGAAUCUGAACAUAACUUCAAUAAAUGAUAAAUAAUCUUUUAGUUGUAGUAUUAUUUUGUACAAUAUUUGAAUAUCAAACGUAUCCAUUUACACGAAAGAAAUAUUUCAUUAUUAUUAAAAUAUACAGAUUAAUGGUAAAAAAUUUUGUAUGAACUGUACUUGAUAAAAAAAGUACAAAAUAUAACAAGUUCAAGUCAAAAAGAGAGAAAAUGGUAGCUAAAUCUAUUGUAUGAAUUUCAUCUAUUUUCCUGAACGAUCACACAGCAAUAGAAUUCACGUCAUAGAAUUGACGUAUUUGUUGGCAUGAAUUCAACACUUACUGAAGGUAUGGUUAUUAAACUUUGGAAUUUCUUGUAUGUUUAGUGCAUUCAGAUAGAAAUAUACUUAUAAUAUUAUUUAUACACGUAGCCUCUGUGGAUAAUAAAUAGAACGACGUACUCGAUUCGUUCUUGACUUCAUCUUCCAACAGAAUAGAAAAAGAGAAACAAUGUGCUUCGUUCUUUAUCUCUUUUACAGUCUUUUCCUAACAUCAUGGCAUUAUACAACGAACGAAAAGAGGAGAAUGUACCAAUAACAGAAUAAUAUCACUCAGUGAGUGUGAGUUCUGCGCAAGAACACAUAUAUCAUCUGACUCAAGAGCAAUACAAAUUGAUCAUAUGAACAAAAUUAAACAAUGAUCUUUAAUAUGUAAGGCAUAAUAUUCACAGACUGGUCUCUCUAGUACCUCUUUUCUGUUAUAGAUACUGGUAUAUAAAUACCAUCGAUCUGCUCAGUUUUGCUCACAAAAAAAAGCGUCUAUUUUAAAUUUGUUUUUUUUCAAACGAAACUAGCGAGUGCUUAUUGAUACUAAGAAUCUCUACCACGAAAGUAGUAAGACAAAUAUUUGAAUUUUUGUAUUUAUUUUUAUUAAUACAUAUUUUUUUUAAUAGUCAAACUUUGCCUGCUUCUUUGAUAUUGAUGGUGUUAUUACGAAAGGUUCAAAUUGCAUUACAGUUGCUAAACCAGCGAUUCAAACACUAAUUCAGUUCAUUGUACCUAUGGUAGUUGUUUUGAAUACAUGUAUGCUCGAAUCGGAUAAAGCUAAACGAUUAUCGGCUGUACUUGGAGUAACUUUUCAUCCUGAACAAGUUGUUCUUGCUCAAACACAGAUGCGUACAUUAACUGAUUUUCAUAAUAAGCAUGUUCUUGUUUCUGAACAAGGUCAAGCUGAAGACAUUGCUCGAAUGUAUAGAUUUUAA